AUGUCAUUUGAAACAACUAAAGCCACUUCUUAUUUAAAAGAUUAUCAAAAUAAAGAUGGUUUAUCAAUUUCUCAAUUGAUUGAUUCUACCAAUUUUGGUGGUUUAACUUAUAAUGAUUUUUUAAUUUUACCAGGAUUAAUUAAUUUUCCAAGUUCAAAUGUUAGUUUAGAAACUAAAUUAACUAAAAAAAUCACUUUAAAAGCUCCAUUUGUAAGUUCUCCAAUGGAUACUGUUACUGAAGAAUCUAUGGCUAUUCAUAUGGCUUUAUUAGGUGGUAUUGGUAUUAUUCAUCAUAAUUGUACUGCUGAUGAACAAGCUGAAAUGGUUAGAAAAGUUAAGAAAUAUGAAAAUGGUUUCAUUAAUGAUCCUAUUGUUAUUUCUCCUGACGUAACCGUUGAAGAAGUUAAAAAAAUGGGUGAAGUAUUUGGUUUUACUUCAUUCCCAGUCACUGGUAUGUUUUUCUUUUAA